AUGGCUUCUGUUUGGAACUUUCUCACCACGUUCUCCUCAACCGAGGUUGACAAGACGAAACUCAAUCAAUUCCGCAACACCGUUCGACAUUUGCUCGAGAAUAGCGUAAUCAGCGAAGCAAAGUUUCUCCCCGAGAGUGAGAUCAAAAAGCUUGUGACGCCAGCCAAGAUAAAACUAUUGUUGCCAAAUGCCAAGUCAGAGUUGGUAGACUUUAUCUGCAGGGAUGCAAAAAAGCUCUUCAUGACUGCAUCAUUGCACCAUGGUAAUCUUCAUGAUAUCAUGAGUACUUUCAAGUAUCAUGGCAUGACAGAUGAGAACCUCCCAAUCCGCGAUCUCACCUCGGAAGAUAAGUAUUGCGACAUUCACACUGAGGGGCUCCAAAGAGUCUGCAGCCAUGACAAAGCUUUGGAAGCUUUUCAUCGCUGGGAUUCUCACGAUGUCUGGACCUUUUACAAUGAUCAAUGGACCUUUUGCGCGCCAAUACUCGAUAUGGAAUGCUCUUCCCAAGAAUUCCACGCGAAACAUGUACUCCCUUUUAUAGAAAAGGGUACUACCCAGAAGGAUGGCCAUUUCAGCACGGUCUGUGAGGCUGUAAUUCAUCCUAGCCAUCAAAUUGGUCGCGGGUCAUCCAAGUCGAACACAGAUCAGACACCUGUUGCUCUGAAAGAAUUGAAAAACCUGAGCGAGCCCAACUAUAACGUACAUGUGUCUUGGCUGAAUGAAGCAAAUGCCCUCUUCCAGAUUGCCGAGCUUCGUCACAAGCAUCUCAUCAGUCAGGCCACUGUCUUCAAACAGGGGGAAAGAAGAUUCAUCAUGCUCGAGUGGGCUGAUGGGGGUACUUUACGGGAUAUUUGGCAGAGAGAGUCUCACGACAGAUCUAUCCUAGAUGGUAACAAGGUCAUGAGAGUACUGGAAGAACUGACUGGCCUUGCUAGUGCGCUCUCGACGUUACACGGCACUAACACUAGAACAGAGACUGGAAAGGCGACAUCUACUGAUCGCAUAAAGGAUCAGGCUGGUUCGAGAUCCAAAACAGUCCCCUCCCAGGGUCAGAGUAAUCGUAAUGCCAAUCGCUUGACUGUUCCAAAAAUACGUUUCGAAGGAAUAAGCUCGGAUGACGAGAACGACUCCAGCGAUAACGCCGAAGAGCAGCAUUGGCGCCAUGGAGAUCUCAAGCCCGACAAUAUCCUCCAUUUCAAGGAUGAAAAUUCUCCCUGGCUAGGAACGCUCAAAAUUGCUGACCUUGGCCUCGCCAAACAACAUGCAUUUGCCACUACCCAGAGACAAGAUCCGACACAACAGAAAUACACAACCUCGCACUACGAAGCACCUGAGGUUAUCACCACCCUGAAUGCUCGAGUGCCUAGGUCUCGCCGAUAUGAUAUAUGGUCUAUGGGUUGCAUCAUAUUUGAGUAUGCGAUUUGGCUUCUGUACGGCUAUGAUGAGGGACUGAGAAGAUUCUACAACGAGGGGAAAGAUAUCGACCCGUAUCGAGAAACACUGUACUUUACAGCCGAUCUGACUACCAGGGUAGCUCAAGUGAGUGACGCGGCGCGAAGUUGGAUCAGCCAUAUUUUGGAAGUCGACCCGGAAUGCAACCGAGCGACGCCAAGCGUGAUCAAAGACCUCAUUGUGUUGGUCAGGGAUAAGCUUCUUGUUGUUGAUCUACCCAAGGAAAACAUGAGUCAGGACGGCAUUAAGCGAUGUCGUGCUAGUGCAGACGACUUGGAAAGGAUCCUGAAGAACAUCAAGAGAACAGCCAUUGACGAUGAACACAAGGGAGGCAAAUACCUGUCUUCGGGUAAAAGUCGCAACGGAGUUUCUCCCCCUCGUCCACAGCAGGUUCGAAGGCAAAGCUUAUUAUCAACGAGUUCAGGCUCGACCUCGAAACAAUCGAAUCUGUUCAAUGACACUUGGAACCGAAUGGAGGACAAGUCUCUUGCUCUUGGGGUCCUUAAACGUCACAAAGCCGCAAUCAUACAUAGUUUUUCUAUGUCUCAGAAAACAACAAAUUUGUGUGAGGGAUGUAAAAAGUUUGAUUUCUGGAGCGGCGAACCUAUAAUGAGGGAGAAUCUCGCGACUAUGAGGUCUAAGAUCCAUCAUUGUGAACUUCAUAGAAUUGUUUUCCGUUAUUUUCUAUCAAAGUCUUAUAACGACCUGGACACAAAGGAUAUUUGGAGACCUGACACCUCUCUUUUCAUGGACAGAAUGAAAAUGCCCUUACUGUCACUUUUCAAAAUUUCAGAUAACUCAAAAUGGAACGGAUCAUACUCUGAUGAUAUCCACCUUGGACUGCCCAAGCUUUUCAAACCCGGCACUCCCCCGUUCUACGACUUGCUUAUGACUUGGAUUCAAGAUUGCGACUUAAAUCAUCCCCAAUGUCGUCCCGCAGACAGAUCAGGCGUUCAAGUACCGACUCGCCUCAUUGACGUUGGUCAAGGUGAUGACAGAGACUCAAAGGUUUACCUUCGUGAAGGAGCGAGAGAGUUGUGUCAUCCAGAGACUGAGCUGCGAUAUGUUGCACUGUCACAUCCUUGGGGUAAUGGGGAAGAGCACGACCAUUUUUGCACCACAAAGGAAAACCUUGACAGUCGACUACGUCUCGGCAUUGAUAUCAAGCACUUUCCGAGCACAUUCAAGCAUGCAAUCGAGGUAACUCGGGCGCUUAGUGUCCCGUACCUCUGGAUUGAUUCACUGUGUAUCGUGCAAGGACCUGACGGGGACUUUGACACGAAAGCAAAAAGGAUGGAAGCCUUCUUCAGCUCUGCAUACUGUGUCAUUGCCGCAAGCCGCGCCAACGGAACUUCAAUAUAUGUUUGUGAGGCCAUCAAUGAUUUUCAACACGAUGUGAUAGAAGGAGCCUUGAAUAAACGCGGGUGGGUCCUACAAGAGCGUGCACUUGCUCCAAGGACAAUAUACUUUACUGAGAAUCAGACAUACUGGGAUAGCCAAGCAUCGUUUCUUACAGAUUCAAACUUCCCCAAGUUGGCUAUGAGGUCAACCAGAGGAGCAAAAGUUCGAUUCUAUGAGUCAUUGUACAAACAAUACUCGAAUCUUGAUUUUACAAAGAUACAUGAUCGGCCCAUAGCGAUUGCUGGGCUAGAACAACGGCUGGUCAGUGCCUUCAAGACCGAAGGAGGAUAUGGCGUAUUCAAUGGAGCAUUCUUCGGACGCAGUCUAUUGUGGAUGAGAGAUACAAAGCGAAGUGAUGGCCUGAAGUUAAUUGAAUUUCUCCGAGACCAGAAGUUCGCAGUCCCAACCUGGUCAUGGACAGCAUACGAAGGACCAAUCACAUACUUGGAAAUCCCUUUUGACCAUGUCCGACGGACAUAUGAGACCGCAGAAGGAAGGAUCCAAUCGCCUUGGGCUACCAGGGACUCAGAUUCUACUUCAGGUUCCCUGCAUACAGGAGAAUUGAAUGGAAAGAUUGACCUCACUGCUCAGGCGUGGGAGAUAUCAAACCUACCAUUGGCCGAGGCGCAGAGUAAAAUCAUCUACGAUGAAGGAACACCGCCACCGAGCGAACAUAUGCUAUGUGUCAUUGUUGGGAGCGAAAAGUCAAAGGUCGAAGUUCGUGGUACCGAAGACCUUGAGCAUUAUGUCUUGCUAGUUGCACCAUUUGAUCAUUCCAGCGACGGCCUUUACCGAAGGGUGGGUGUUGGCCGAUUAUUGGAAAGUUGGAUCGACAUGCGCAAGCCUGGCUUAAGAGUACCGCGGCGAUACGCUUCUGAAAAUGGAUGGAUCUUGACCACGAAAUUCAUGAUUGGCUGA